CGAAAGUGUUCUGGGUCCUAAAACUGCCUCAGUGGUCCUCCGUGCUGCUAUGACCGAUGGCCCUUGCGACUUUUUGUCCAACUUCGAGGACCAACUCACGGAGCACCGGGAUGCCAACCGUGCUGCUCAUGCCAGCAUCGCGGAGCACAUUGACAAGAAAGACCUUCCAGGAUUGAUGAGCCAUGCCACUGAUCCACAUGGUAUCCUCGCAUUGGCCCCUGAUGAACUCAAACCCUGCGCUGACGCCAUCCGUGGAUUCGGUGACGCAGCUUUCGCGUGCACUGCUGAGUGCAGUGCUUUUGUCAAAACAGCAGAGCAGCAUCUGGGUUCCCUCCUGGAAUCUUGCAAGGAAGGUACCCAUGGAACUAUGGCACAGAAACACCGGAAAAACUAUGCAAACCAAACAGCAGCAGUGAACCGCACGAGAUGGCACUUUCUGCUCUGGAGGGAAAAAGUUAUUCAGCGGCACUUCGUCUUGAAAAAGAGCCUAAAGAAGUCGACGCCAUGGAUGAUGACGAAAAGGCCCAGCAGUACGAGAAGAUGCAAAGACAGCUGCAUUUGAAACAUGUUGAACAAACACAGAGUGCAGUUAAAGCUCUCGUGUUGGGAAGCCAGCUCCCUGUCGUGCAUGAUAUGGUCCAUCGGAGGCAGCAGGAGCAGGAAGCAUUGCAAGAAAAGGUCGAUUUGGUCACAUCCAAGAAGGAUGUCGCAGACAAGUUAUUUGCCGGCUUGGAGCAGCAGCAGGCAGAUGUGCUUGACAAGAUGGAGAAGUGCUCUCAGAUUCGUCGCGUCACCAUCCGUGCGGAAGAGACCAAGCGCAAGAUGCUCGAGGAAGCUGAGAAAGCGCGGCAGGUCGCUUGGAAAGAGUACCAGGAUGCCUACCUUCGAAACGAGGCCGCGACGAUCAUGGAGGCCAAGUUAGCAGAAGCUCAAGAACGCGCCAGUGAGGAGUUGGAAUUUGCUCGACGUGCCCUUGCAGAAACCAUAGCACGGUGCCAACAAUGUGAUGCGGAGGCGGUCAACUGCUUUGAAGCAGUGAGAGCCACUAUCCAGGCCUCCCAUGCCAGCUUGUUGGUUUAUUCGAGAGAAGCAGUGGAGGAAGCUUGGAAGAAUACAGCCCUUGGAUGCGAACUUAGCAAGUGCCUGGUGGCCGACAAGCGCCGAGAAUACAACCAUUUAUUGGAGGAGCAGCGCCACAGCGAAGAACAAGCUGCAAAACAAAAACAGCGAACUGUGAAGGCCAAGAACCUCGAAAAGGUGGAACAGCUCGGACAACAAAUCAGCAAAGUCUGUGCCGAACUUAACGCGAUGGUGGCUGGCACCCGUCGCGCGGAGGACCAUUUCAACAUCUUCAGGCUCUUGAAUAGUGGUCUGGAUGAGGAAGCCAUUACCCUCGCUGCGCAGGAUGCUGCAAGUGCCUGCUACGGAAACUUUCAACUGUAUCUCUCAGAGGAUGAUGGCUCAGAUGAUAGCACGGAAGCGUCUGGGUCUACGACCACGACACUUCAGAUGCAAAAUCCUCUUGACAAAUUGCGUAUUGAGAUGGAGGAGAAGCACAAGAUCGAGAAGCAGCAGCUGCUGGCAGAAAUCCAGCUCAAGUUCCAGGAGCGCGAGAAAGCUUUCGAGCUGGAAAAGGAACAGUUGGUGCUCAUGGUACGAGAGGAAGUGAGGGCUGAACUCCAACGUGAAGACGCAAGUUCCCUCCACUCUUUCGAACCAAUCUCGGCCUCAGACAUUGGUGAGUGAUGCUGGGUGGCCUCGCGACCAUCCAGUGGUGGUAGUUCACCCUUCAUGCAGCCGUGUGGUGAACUGCUCGCAGGACGAGGAAGACAGAUGCUGAGUGCAACAGCGAUUUAGCCUCAGCAUAUUCCGCCAAGUAUUCCGCAUAGUACCAGUAAUUCAGAGAUGACGCCGUGUUUCCCUGUCUGCAUUUUUGUCGGCUCAUAGCUGCUGGAUUUGCAAACUGCGAAAUUUUCU